AUGUCUAGUCCUGCGCGCCCGUUGUAUAUAGCAAAAUCUAUUCAGGAACUGGAGAAAUUCUCUGAUAUUGGAUCUUUUCAUCUAGAGAACUCCAAAAUACCUGGAUUGAUUUCCAAGUGCUUUUCAGAUGCAGAUAGCCUCUUUGGCUCUGACGACGAACGGGCAUAUAUCUAUUAUGACAGAGGAAUUAAACUCUAUGAUAAAUUUUGCUCUAGUAUCAACACGUCGGAAGUUAGAAAACUUGCUCUUAAACGCUCUGAAGCCGCAAACGUUAGAAUUUCUCUCCGUCAUGAUCUAAAGGAACGUUAUUUAGAAGAACAAUGCAAGCUCCUCGAUGCUCUCCCAGUUUGUACAGAAUCUUUUGAAGCGAAGAAUCCAGAAGCUGCCAAAGAAGCUGCCGAGACAAAACAUUACCCCGGCCGGUGGAUUCCUCCCGACUCUCUCUAUGCCAUGCUUAUGACCAAGAAGCCACUAUUAUUUAUUGAUGUCCGCUCACGGGAUGAAUUUGAGUAUCGUCACAUCGAAUAUUCCUGUCAAAUAAACUUGGGAGACAAGUCGCGGAUCUGUAAGGGCGUGACUAUAACAAGGAUUGAGAAGAGUCUGUCUAACCAGGAGCGUUCUAACUGGGACCACCGUAAUAGUGUAAAGUUAAUCAUACUGGUGGAUGAAGCUACUGGAGAGGAACUUAUCGGACACCCGGAAAAAGCGGAAUAUUUUGAUCUUCCUGGCCGUCAUCCACUAAAAAUAGUCUACGAUGCUCUUGUAACGUUCCAUCAAAUUGCCCAUGAGACCAGAGUUAUGGACUCUUUUGUUUAUCCGAAACUCGACGAUACUAACUACGUUGGAGACAUUACGUUGACCGAGGAAGAUUAUCAACCAAUUCCCCCUGAAAUGCCCGUCUAUCCGAACAUCACUGUUAAGCCUUAUUCAGAGCUUGCAAAGCAACUCACGGAUAUGUCACUCGGCCCUCCAGGGACUGAUAAAAUAUAUCCUGUAGAUUCCGACCGUACGGCCAGGCCAAAGAAGACGGACUCAGAGAAGUCAUCGGAGAACAUUUCGUAUCCACCCCCUGUAAGAAAAGAAUAA